CCCCGGGUCAGUUUGCUGAUUCCUGCAGUUGGAAAAGGAUGAAGAGUUUCCUUCACCUGGCUCUGCUCCUGCAGCUGGCGCUUUGGGACCAGACAAAGGCCAUCCACCCAGACUGCGCUGUGAUAGUGCAGCACAUGAAGGCUAAAGAAGACUGCUAUCAUAUGCUCGAACAAGAGGAAAACAACAACUCUUCCAAAACAGGUUGCCCAACCUCAUGGGAUCAUAUGUACUGCUGGCAUCGGGCUCAGGUGGGAGAGGUGAUCAGGAUCUUAUGUGCUGACAUCACUCAGCUCUUUGCUGACAACCAAGGUUUUGUUUCUAGAAACUGCACUGAGGAGGGUUGGUCUGAGCUCAAUCCACACUACGAAGAUGCCUGUGAGUUUAAAGAUGAUAAAACGACAGAACCAGAGACGACAUAUUUCUCCAACUUUAAACAAUUGUAUACUGCUGGCUAUGCUACCUCACUCAUCUCACUUAUAACAGCUAUUUUUGUCUUCACUGCUUUCAGGAAGUUUCAUUGCACCAGGAACUACAUCCACAUCAAUUUGUUUUUCUCCUUCAUCCUGAGAGCCAGUGCUGUCUUUAUCAAAGAUCUGGUUCUUUUUAAUGAUGAAAAUAUGGACCACUGCUUCAUGUCAACAACAGCCUGCAAGUCCGCCGUGGCCUUUUUCCAGUUCAGCAUCCUUGCAAACUACUUCUGGCUUCUUGUGGAGGGAAUGUACCUACAGACACUCCUUGCACUCACCUUCGUCUUUCAAAAAAAAUACUUUUGGUGGUAUAUACUAAUCGGCUGGGGAUUACCAACUAUAAUCAUUACAGCCUGGAUUCUGUCCCGAAACUUUUAUAAUAAUAAAGGGUGCUGGGAUGACACAGAUGUUGCCUUCAUCUGGUGGAUCAUAAAGGGUCCAAUAACUGCCUCCCUACUGGUUAACUUCAUCAUCUUUCUGAACGUGAUCCGUAUUCUGGUUCAGAAAUUGACUACUCCUGGAGUCAGCGGUAACGAUACAAGUCAUUUUAAGCGACUGGCCAAAUCCACACUGCUGCUCAUCCCACUGUUUGGGAUGCACUAUAUGGUGUUUGCCUUCCUGCCAGAACAUACAGGAGCAGAAGCUCGGCUCUUCAUUGAGCUCGGCCUGGGCUCCUUCCAGGGGUUUGUGGUUGCCUUGCUGUACUGUUUCCUAAACGGAGAGGUCCAGGCUGAGAUGAAGAAGCGAUUUUGGAAGUGGCAGACUCAGAGUUACCUUAGCUACAGUAAACGACGGCGUACGCUUUUAAACGAAAGCAGUACAGUCACACAAACAUCUGUCCUGGACAAAUCCAGUCCCUUAGAGCAGCAGGGCUCAGAAGGAACCGCCCUUACACCCAACAAUGCGUCUUUAGUGUGAAACCAUCAGAGAAGCCCAGCAAAUUGUUGUUUUUCUUUUGCCUCCUUUAGCGUACCAUUCUGGUACAUCACAAUGUGUAGAGACUAAACAUCAGAGUCUGAUCGUUGGAGGUUGUUUUUAUUCUGAACAAAUGUUGACCUCUUCUCUGUGAGAAGUCAGCAUUAUCCCACACACUUUUAAAGCACAUUCAGAUUUCCCCACAGACACCAGAGUUUACAAUGUUGGUGGGAAAACAUGUCAUUGUUUGAAUAUUUGCUUUGGGGCUACUCCUCCACAUCUUACAUUUAUACCUUGAUAAAAACACAUUCAAGCAAACUUUUAUACAAAAUAAUGAAGGAUUAUUUAUUUAUUACAUAAUGGAAGUUGGAAUAUGAAUGGAAAGAUUCACACAUCAUUGCAACACAGUUCCCAAAGUGUAGCCUCCCCAGACCGAUUUUUAAAGACACAAUAUUUACUGAAAAAUAUCUAUAAAAAUUGCCUUUUUAUUUGGCCCUUUAUGACUAAAACAUUAUUUGAUGAGUAGAUUGGCACUUUAGUAGUUCACUGCCACUUCAUCUACAAACCUGCAGCCUAUUGUCCUGAAUUUACUUCGAGUCGGAUGGAUGUGACGUCAAGCGCGUCCACGUUAAAUUGGUCCAACCUAGCAAAACAUUGAAGCGUUAUUUUCCAAAUGGAUUUUGCGGCUUCUCAGAAGCGACCAAAUUCCAGCUCAACUCAGACACCAAUGGCAACUCAUUGUUAGAUGAAAAAGUAAAAAAAAAACAAAAAAAAAAACCCUUUUAAAGGUAUAGAGGAGGAUGUA